UCAUCAGCCCCACCUUCCCAGCGCUCCCCAGGGUGGCUCCGCGUGCUUGUUCAUACCUGCCACGACCGUCAACUCGAAAGAACAAGCGGCAGGAUUGCAGGAACAAGAGGCCACCUUCCCUCAGCUCUGGCUCUGAAAUUUUUUUGCUGGAACUUGCAUCAGCAGCAAAAGAACGCCUAUCAAAAACGAAAAGCACAA